AUGGAAGAAGAGGAGCAGACAGAGUGGACAAGCCUGCUCUGCCACAGUCUUGCAGAGAUGCCAAAGGUCAAUGGUCAGGUCAAAGGUGUGACCAUGGGUACCUGCCUGGGCCCCAGUUAUGCCUUUCUCUUUGUGAGGAAGCAGUUCCCUUGCUAUACACAGCAGAUUCUCACAGAACAUUGCAAUGAGGUAUGGUUCUGCAAGUUCGCUAAUGAUGGCACUAAAUUAGCAACAGGAUCCAAGGACACCACAGUUAUUAUUUGGCAGGUUGAUUUAGAUACUCACCAACUUAGAUUGCUUAAAACUUUAGAAGGUCAUGCUUAUGGAGUAUCAUACUUAGCUUGGAGUCCAGAUGAUACUUACCUUCUAGCCUGUGGCCCUGAUGACUGCUCUGAAUUAUGGCUUUGGAAUGUACAGACAGGAGAGCUAAGAACCAAGAUGAGUCAGUCUCAUGAGGACAGUCUAACAAGUGUGGCUUGGAACCCAGAUGGAAAACGCUUUGUGACGGGCGGACAACGUGGGCAAUUUUAUCAGUGUGACUUGGAAGGAAACUUGCUGGAUUCAUGGGAAGGCGUGAGAGUGCAGUGCCUUUGGUGUCUAAACGAUGGGAAAACAGUCCUUGCCUCGGACACGCAUCAGCGGAUAAGAGGGUACAACUUCGAGGACCUGACUGAUAGGAAUAUUGUGCAAGAGGAUCAUCCUAUAAUGUCUUUCACAGUUUCGAAGAAUGGAAGGUUAGCCUUGUUAAAUGUUGCGACUCAGGGAGUUCACCUAUGGGACCUACAGGACCGUGUUUUAGUGAGAAAGUAUCAAGGUGUCACACAAGGAUUUUACACCAUUCAUUCAUGUUUUGGAGGCAACAAUGAAGACUUUAUAGCCAGUGGCAGCGAAGAUCACAAGGUUUACAUUUGGCACAAGCGGAGCGAAUUGCCAAUAGCAGAACUGACAGGACACACUCGUACUGUAAACUGUGUAAGCUGGAACCCACAAGUCCCGUCCAUGAUGGCUAGUGCUUCAGAUGAUGGUACAGUUAGGAUAUGGGGACCAGCACCUUUUUUAGACAACCAGGAGUCUGAAGAAGCUUGCAGCAGUAUGGAUAGUUGACGGUGACUUUACAACAGACAGCUUCAAACUGAAAUUAGUCAUGGAACAAAACUACUUGGGUUUUGGCACAAACCAGCUGCGGUUGAUCACUGGAUAAGACGUGCUUGUGAUGAAAAACUCAUUCCCAGUCCUCUCGAGUGCCAGCAUCUGACCACCUUGCUUCAUAGUUACAAAUCCAAGAGAAGUGAUCUCCUUAGACCCCAGUGAGGCGUCAUUUUGAAUUUUACUCAUUGGUCUUGAAGAACCGUGUUACAUUAAGACUCCGUGGAACUCAGAUUCUUUUCUGCCAUUUUUGCUUCUACACCAUGGAAUUUUAAGUGCUUGUUUGGAGUCUAACAUAUUUGCUAGGAAGAGAAAAGCUUUAGUCUGGAACAAACAUGCAUUAAAAUAGAAGAUUGUUUUCAUUCUGGUAGCCUGAAUUAGUAGAAAUGAUUACAGCUCAGCUCAUGGACUUUCACCUUGGGUCAUGCUGCCCUGAAAUGUUUUCAGUGAUCUUUGGGGAGGGGAAGAUCUAGAAGUUCAUGUAUAAAAUUUAAGGGUUUUUUAAAAAAAAUCCUCAUUGAUAGCUGAAUCGUUUAAAACUCAUUCCUGCAUUCAUUCCUUUAUCAUGGUCUUCCAUUUGUUUUAUGAUAAAUUCAUUUCAGCGUUUUUGAAAUUAUCACAACAGAGACAUUUUAAACCGUGCUGUGGGGUGCCACAGUUUGUUUAGGGGAGAUUUUAAGUCCAAGUUGACACUGAUUGAAAGAGUGUACGUGGUCCUGCUAACUGUACGUUAGUACAUGUCCUUUCACUCAGACUUGUAACUGCACCUGUUUGACUUGAAGAUGGAAUCAGUGCCAAGUGAUGUGGUAUGGCCAGUGUAUUAACAGGCUGUGGCAGGGUUUUAUAUUAUUGAUUCAAAUUUGGCAAAUUCUUGAUCUCAGCUGGAUUGGUACCAGGUGUUGUUCCUAUUUUUUUGGGGGGUUGCGGGAUUGACAUAGUGAACUGGGAGAAAUCACCGAAUGACCCCACAAUGUUUUCACCAUGUUCAGGUGGGUGAUUAUAGAGCAAAGUAUACUAUAAAGCAAAGCAGGAAUUUGCAAGUAGGCCAUGUACCUGCUUUCCUUUCUGUCAGGGAACUGCUGCUGAGAAUGGGAGGUUUAAACCAGGGAAAUUGAAAUGAAAAUGUAAAUGUUAAUUGAGGAGGAAACUCACUGCACCUUUUACUUGUGCAAUAUACUAUUGUUCUUUACUAUGUUUUGUUCUUUACCGUUUUGCCUAUUUUUAACCACUAUUUAAUACCCAUUCACCGAAGAUUUGUCAUCCCAGCUUUUUUUUGUAUAUGUCACCAACAUAAUUUCAACAUUCUUUCUCUUUCUUUUUGUCGUCCUCUCCUGUCUCUUCCCCUCUUUCUCCUUACCUCUUUCUCUCUUCCGCCCCCACCCUGCAAAAUAAAAACCAAUACUAAUAAUCACUGGCAAUUGUCUAGUCACCAGGUUUUGCACUGCUGCCAGAAUGGGAAGGGCAAAGGUGCUAUCUCUACUCGUGAACCAACCUCCAACAUAGAAUCUGUUCCUCUUCGGGAUAAGUGACUUUAAAGGGAAAGGUGUCUGGGUUCUUAAGGGGUCAAUAGAAAAGGUGUUACAAUGUGGUCUAAAUGCCUUUUAUUUUGUGGGUAGCCAGAACUUGACCUCUCUGGGUUAGAUCUGGGGUGGAGAGGACAGUGCAGGGAAACAGCAAUGCAAUCUGAUCAAUUGAAUAGUGACUUUAUCGAUCAAGUACCUAGAUGAUCGAUUAUAAAUUUGUACUUUGCCAAUUUAUUUGUACAUUCUUUUUAGAGUCCAUGAUUUAUUUUUUUGUGUACAAAUGCUAUUAGAAUGAAGAUUAAAUUCUCUUCCAAAUUUG